CCUUCAGGAAUAAUGAUACCAUUUCUUGCGCAGUUUGCUCUAACUUCAGUCUUGCAAGAUACUCUCCUUGACAGAUUGUACUCCUGCUAUGUGAGAAUCACAAGCUGUCAUGCCUACUUCCCCAGAGAGCCCCGAGACAGAUGUUGACACGUCCUUGUAUCUCCACACCGAACUCCUCCCAAACAUCCGUCACAUCACACUCUACAUCUCAUUACCGCCCAAUCUAGGUAUCCAGAACAUCCAGCCACUGAUAGCUCUCUCAGAAUCCCGUCAGGCUGUCUCGGUAUCCCUACCGAAACCCUUCGACCAUGUAACGGAUACCAUCAAGCUGCCCGCGCGGGCUAAUAAAGCCUCGCGGCGCAUUCUAGCCACCAAUAGACAGGGUGCUGCGACUACCGCAGAUAGCAGGCGACGCGAAUUCUCCUUCCGAAUGCAGAUUGAUGAUUCAGAUGAUUCACUUCCGUCCAAGGAUCCGCUCAUCGAUGAUUUCGUGCCCUGGACCGCGGCGGAUAUGUCUCCGUCGACGAGACUGCGUUGUCGCGGGUGUGAGAAUGUCGUUCUGGAUACGCCUCGAUGCGCAGAUACACAAUCUGAAGGUUCUGGCCCAGAAGGCUGGAUGUGGAAGGACCUGCCCAGCGGGAACUGGGCCGAGAUGAUGGAUUUCUGGCAUUGUCAUAAACCGGACCCUCCUGAAGGCCAUGGCCGUGGGGAAGACCCCAAUGCUCAGACGAAGGGAUACGGAGCGGCGAAUCAGGUGGUGGCGACGGCCGGGACGGUCCUCGUGGAUGUGGCGACGUUUCUGGUCUUGGAGGCGGAUUGCAGGGGAUUAAAGAAGGUACAACCUUCCCCUGAAGAGACCGUCCAAAAGAAAGAAAUAUCUCUGAACUGCGCAAAAUGCGACGCCACGAUCGGUAUAGAAGACGCCGUGGCGCAGGGCUGGCGACUCUUCAAAACAAGCCUAUCCGCCAGUAUCCAUGACCCAUCAACAUGGGAAAUCCACCCCAUCGAGACCAUCGUCGCGGCUCAACUCCUCGAGCUCAUUGAGCGGGAAAGCGCCCGUCGCUUCGUCAUCCACUGUGGCAGGCCAGAUGGACUCUUACUAUGGGUCUUCAACCCCGACCUUCGAUACUCGAGCUCCAGCGCAGAAUAUAGUGUCUCCUCGCAGCGGGCGAUGAAGGUCCUUUUCCAGGAGGUCAGGAACGUAGAUAGCAUUCUGGACCCUGAUCGGGGUUCGUCGUCGCUUUCGCUGGAGGAGUUGAGGGUCCCUGACUGUGUGUACGAGGCUGUUGAGCGGGAUCUGAAGGCCAGGAAUGAGAUGCUGCCGGCUUCUGCGAGGGAGUUUCGGGAGUGGAGGGUUGGGGCUUUGCAUCGGUUUGAGAGGUGAUGUGAAUAUGGUGUAUGUAGUGCAUUAGUAGAGUGAGAGUGAAUGGGAUUCACUUCUGUUUACUGG